AUGUCCCGCUUUGGAGCCAAAAAGGGUGGCAGGAAGCUCCCCGGCGCCGAAUUCACCUGGGAUGCCGAUCCGAAUGGGGAGCCUGAUGGCGCGCCGACCCCUCUCUACCCUAAAUACACCGUCCCUCGCGCCCGUCCGCUCUCCGAACGAGAACUCCUCCAAGUGAACCUCUACCGGGACCUGCGCGACAGGUUCCACGACGGUCCAUACUACUCCGUUCUCGACGCCGCGUCGUCGGCCGCGAAAAAGGGCAGUGCUGCGCGCGCGUCCUUUGAUCCGUUCCAUGGCAUGCCGUCUUAUUCGGGACGGUAUCAGAAGAAGAAGAGGGCGUUGCCGUUGAUGAAGGGGAGGGCUUAUGUGAUGAAAUUCUUCCCGCGCGAACUCUGGCCCACCAUCCAACCAAACUUCAAACCCAAUGCCUCCGCCGACGGAUACGUCCCCCAAACAGCGCGAUCGGGGAUCAAGCGCGGAUUCGAAGAUGAUGACGAAGAAGAGGACGAGGAUGACGCAAAGAAGAAGCAGAAAGGCGGCGAGGACGGGGAAGGGGCUGAGAACGAUGAUCUCCUGGAAGACGAGGAGGGGCAGGAGGAAGAGGAGAUCAUUGACGAUGAUUUCGAGGAUGAUGAGGAUGAGAUGGGUGGAGAUUAUAAUGCUGAGCAGUACUUUGAUGGCGGAGAUGAUGAGUUUGGGGAUGAUGGGUUCGGAGAUGGGGGUGGUGGUGGGGAGGAAGAUACGUAUUAG